AUGACAGAUGCUAAGCAACAUGUGUUCCUGCAGCGGGUCCUCUUCAUCUUCGAUGUGACGAAGCGUUCAGCAGGGAAGGCCCAAGUGCUUCGUCUCUCUGCGCAACAAUGGGCCGCCGAAUGCGACCUUUGCUGUCUUGGAGCAUAUGUCCUUGAACAGAUGCAUGAUCACAGGGAUGCAAACAAUUUGAUGGUCUUCAAUGACGGCGUCGUUAAAACGGUCAUGAACCAACUCAUUGAAGGGGACUUUCACGAAGAGCUCAAGCAAAUCAUGGAGGUUCAGGACGCUGCCUUCAAGCCAGAGAUGUGUUCUAUGUGGAGUGACCACUUGCCUUCUGCAGCGGCUGCUCCUAGCGAUGCUCAAUUGGUGCACGCUGAUGAAAAGAUCGAGGAUUUGACGAAGCAGAACUGGAAACUCCAGUUUGAAGCCGACUCGCUCUCACUGGCCAGGGACGCUGCUCAACUUGCUCGCUUGUACAGCGAGGAGACCAAGUCCGAGAGGGCUUCAAGGGUGGCUAGGGUGUGCCACUUGCGUCAAGAGAAUGCAAUCGGGUCCAGCUUGGCUGCCUCCUUCAUGGCCAAGUCCUGCCACCACCGAGCAGGUUCUUCUUCAGAGAUUCAGGAGGAACUCUCGAAGGAUUUGAACCUCACAAUGGAUUGCAUCCGGAAAGCCCUUGCCUGCAUGCCAGAGCGUUCAGUGGCCUUUGCCAUUGGGUCACUUUCAGAUGUCCAGGAAACGGCGCAAUUGCUUUCUGGAGAAAGCAUGCCAAAUGCAGUGUUGACAAGCUUGCUGAGUGGGAGCGAGACUGACUCCUUGAUCGGGGUGGUGAACCUCACGCCCUACGAUGGGAAUCUCGAAAUUUCUCUGUUGAAGAGGGGGCUGGCAAAGCCGGAACACACCUACAGGAGCUUGUCGUUUGCCAACGACAUGACAGUGAGCCAGCAUUGUGAGAAGGUUGAACUCACUAACGAAGUGCGCAUGCUACACCUUGACAAUGUGCUCUAUGGGCCUUCAUGGCGGAGCCUCAUCCAAGACUUCGACAAAAAGUUCUGCGGCGGUGCUGCGACGACCGAUUCCACCGUGGUGGCGGCGCCUGAGGUGGAAGAAGAACCUGCUCCUACACCAUUCACCUUGGAGCCAGACACGGUCGAUCGUUUGCUCGAGAUGUACGUGGUCGAGAACAAGGUACCAGCUCGGGAGCCAGGGUGCAUGCUGAUGCUCACUUCAGCUGUUCGACGGGAUGGCGCCAAAGUGGAAAUGAUCGAGGGCCAAAAGAUGAAGCUUUGGCUGGUCGCCCACCAUGAGAUCGAAAUUGCUGACGAUGAGUUUCAGCUUGCACAUGGGAAGUCCACCUGGCUCAAACCCGAGAAGGUGCAGAAACUUAUGCGUGAGGGUGGAGGCCUGGUAUGCCUUGGUUUGCUCUAG